GCUUUUCGGCGCUUUCCGCGGGGAACUGUGAGGGGUGGGGGAAACUUUGAAAGUUGGAUGCCACAGACCCGUUCUUUUCAGGGUCCUUUUCCUGCUGCAUCUGCAUCAGGUCCUUAGGCAUGGGUAGCAAGAAACUCAGACGAGUGGGAUUAUCACAAGAGCUGUGUGACCGUCUGAACAGAUAUCAGAUUGUUACCUGUCAGGACUUUUUAUGUCUUUCCCCACUGGAGCUUAUGAAGAUGACCGGCCUUAGUUAUAGAGGUGUCCAUGAACUUCUAUGUAUGGUCAGCAGGGCCUGUGCCCCACAGAUGCAAACGGCUUAUGGGAUGAAGAUGCAGACGUCUGCUUCUCUCUCCCCAGCGUUCUUAGCCACAACCCUUUCUGCAUUGGAUGAAGCCCUGCAUGGUGGUGUGGCUUGUGGAUCCCUCACAGAGAUUACAGGCCCACCAGGUUGUGGAAAAACUCAGUUUUGUUUAAUGAUGAGCGUUUUGGCCACGUUACCCACCAACAUGGGAGGAUUAGAAGGAGCUGUUGUGUACGUCGACACAGAGUCAGCAUUUAGUGCUGAAAGACUGGUUGAGAUAGCAGAAUCUCGUUUUCCCAGAUAUUUUGACACUGAAGAAAAAUUGCUUUUGACAAGCAGUAAGGUUCAUCUUUAUCGGGAACUCAGCUGUGAUGAAGUUCUACAAAGGAUUGAAACUUUGGAAGAAGAAAUUAUUUCAAAGGGAGUUAAACUUGUAAUUAUUGACUCUGUUGCUUCUGUGGUAAGAAAGGAGUUUGAUACACAACUUCAAGGCAACAUGAGAGAAAGAAACAAGUUCUUGGCAAGAGAAGCAUCCUCCUUGAAGUAUUUGGCUGAGGAAUUUUCAAUCCCGGUUAUCUUGACGAAUCAAAUUACUACGCAUCUAAGCGGAGCUCUAGCUUCUCAGGCAGACCUGGUGUCUCCAGCUGAUGAUUUGUCCCUGUCUGAAGGCACUUCUGGAUCCAGCUGUGUGACAGCUGCCCUAGGAAACACCUGGAGUCACAGUGUGAACACCCGGCUGAUUCUCCAGUCCCUUGGUUCAGAGAGAAGGCAGAUUCUCAUCGCCAAGUCCCCUCUGGCUCCCUUCACCUCAUUUGCCUACACCAUCGAGAAGGAAGGCCUGGUUCUUCAAGUCAAGGGACAGGAAGCCAUGAUCAGAGUCAACGGAGCCACCGUUGUUCUUCAACAUAGUAUGGUACCUCGCUGGAUCAGUUGCCCUGAACACACAUGGGUUCCUGGUGCACCUGUGUGAGGGUCAUGAGCCUUUGUUCUUCCUGUAGUCUCCACUCAAGGAAGGAGUAGCACAAUCUCCUGGCUGUCGGGUACCAUGGAAGAGAGCCCAAACCUAUCAAGCAUCCAAGUCUAGACACAACACAGCUCUGAGGAUCACACCCGCAACCUUUGGUGCUGGUGGAAGGAAAGAGUACCAGUCAGGGAGUGUGUUAGGAGGCUCCCUGGGAGGUAGAAGCGAGAGGAGCCAUUCCUUGUCCUCUAACAGGCCAAGGUCUAAGCCCUGCUUCAGGCUGUUUCUGAGCGUGGGGCUCCCAUGGUGGUGGGACCCAAAGAUGCCAAUGGGAUCACUUCCCAGGCUUUUGCUUUGUGGAGUUUGCUUUGUAUUUCAUCCCUGCUCGGUGAGCCUUCCUCCAUCGCCCUUAAGCAAUUCACACAAAAUCUCAUCACUAGAAAGACAGGGACCCAGGACUCCUCAGUGAAUUCUGAAACUCCUUUGCCUAAAGUUCAGGAAGAAGCUUGCCAAAGAAAAAAGACCUUGAGGCAGCAGUGGAAUAGGAGACAAUGAGGUAUAGAUCGUUAUCUUUCAUAGGACCUCUCGGCUUCUGUUUGCUGGGGACCCUUACAUAGAGUUAACCUUCUAUGCAAGCUAGUGUAGACCUCUGUUGACCUGUGAUUCUGAUCAAGGGCCAACAGAGCCACCUCCCAGAGUGCUCCAGACAACUGUGAUCACAGCCUGGGACUUGUCCUUCCUUGGCUGGAAGGGUCUCCCCCUGGAGCCAGGCCUAGCCCUGGAGGAAAUGGGCUCCUGUAGGAAGUGACUUGCACUUGCCCCUCCUGCUCCAAAGCAGCAGCUUCCUGGGCACCAUCCAUUUGCUGCCAAGACUAGGCCCUGGGAGGAUGCUGAUUUUUUAGGCUUCCCUGCCCGGCCCCACAAUAACCCCAACAAUUGCUUUGCCCCAACAGCCUUGGAAGGGGGCCUGGUUGCAUUUCCAGCCAGUAACUUCGGCAUCAGGUUUUCUUAUAGAGGAGUUUGCUUUUAGGGAAGGGUGGGGUUCCUCUCCUCUGUCCUCCCCAAGAAUCCCAUGUACCCUCCAUCACUGUGCGUGUCAUAGAAUCAUAAUACACCCCUUCCUUGAGUCUUCCUCUGCUAGCCUGGAGGUCCCUGAAGGCCAAGGGCCAUCUUAUAAGCACACUGGAGCAUGUGGGGCAGCCUGGGGUUCUGACUGGGUGAAAGUCAUCAAAGGCCUACACUGAGUACCCCCAACACUCACCAGCCACUGGGCCU